AUGAUUGGGAGCGCCAAGCCGCUCGCGGAGCCGCUGCAGGCCCGCCCGCCGUCUCCUGCCGGUCGCCGCCUCGCCCCCUCGUACUGCGCCCCUGACACCACCCCAGCUCUCCAGUCUCAGUCUGACGGCGCCCCGCCACCACGCCCGGAUGAGACCGCCACGUCCCACGCGCUGCGGUCGGGCCGCCGUGUGGGGCUGGACCGGUGGUCCCGGUCACGGGCGCUGCGGUCGGGCCGCCGUGUGGGGCUGGACCGCGCGGCGCUCUCCUCCGCCUCGGCCUCGGCGCCGCCGGUGACCAAGACGUCGCGGCCCGAGGACGCUGCGGUGGCGGUGGAGGAUGGCGAGGACGACGACGUGUGCGUGGCCGAGAGGGACGAUGCGGCCGGGAAGGCCAUCUACAUAGUGUCGGACAGCACCGGGUGGACCGCGGAGCACUCGGUGAACGCCGCGCUCGGACAGUUCGAGCACUGCUUGGCCGACCGCGGCUGCGCUGUCAACACCCACCUCUUCAACUUGGUAAAUAUCUCGCCAUGA